UACCACAUUGCACACUCACAGUGCAAAAUGUGGUUACCACAUAUUUUGUUUUUAUCUGUCCUGCUGGCGGUCCACGGAAAAUGUGUGGUAAAAGAAGACGACAAUGCUGAUAUUCCUGAACUCGAAUGGCCAGCAAACUACACUUUUGAAGCUACUCGAGUUUACCUUCUGGCUGGAUUUUCAGAACAAUAUCAGAUGUGGAGAACACCCAAGUGCUCAAGGAUAGAUUACAAUGACGGAGCUUUUAAAUCCAUAAUAACGACGAAGAAUAGCAAAUAUGGUGUGAAAUACGAGAUUUUUCCGAAAACUGAUAAAGAUGCAAACACUGAGAUUGUAUGCCACAAAAUCAAAGGAACCGUCUACGUUAGACAAACGCUUGAAGAUAUUUUACCGAACAUACGAUACAGAGAUUUCAAAAAAGUUGGCAAUGAACUCAUGUAUGACCAAGAUACUACAAAAUUCUGGUACCAAGAUGAUGAUACAAAUGUUGAGUAUCAGUACAUUAUUUGGGCAUUCUAUAAAACUGAUAUCAAGGCAUGGGUGCCAGUAAGGUAUGAAGAAAAAGAAUACAACACGUGGCUUGGGACGCUGGAUAAGCACGAAAUAUGGGAAUUUAGAAAUUUCAAUACUGAUGAAAUUGAAUACGAUGUCUUUGACGCCGAAGAAGAUUGCGAAGAGGAGGGAAUUUAUUCAAUGGACGACGAAGCUGUCACAGAAGGUCUCCUCUUUUUAGAUCCCGAGAAUAAUGAUCAUGUUGAACACGCUUUUCGAGCGUUCAAGAAGAAGCACAACAAAAAUUACUUUGAAGGCGAACACGAAAUGAGAAAAACUAUCUUCAGGAAGAAUAUGAGACUUGUAUCUCAUACCAAUCGCAAGAACCUCGGCUACAAACUGGCCAUCAACCAGUUCGCAGACCGCACUGAAGCCGAGAUGGUCAGGCACAAGGGCCUGCAGGCCAGGCCAAAGGGCAAAGUUGGAACAGUUCCGUUCCCUUACACAGAGGCCGAGUUGGAAGAACUGGCCCAGAACUUACCUAAGGAAUACGACACGAGAAUGUACGGCCUUGUCACGCCAGUCAAGAAUCAAGAAUCCUGUGGAUCUUGCUGGACCUUCGGCACCACUGCCUCCAUGGAAGGCGCUGUUGCCCGCAGCACCGGCAAGCUGGUGACCCUCAGUAACCAGGCUCUCGUGGACUGUGCCUGGGCCUUUGGUGCGGCUGGUUGUGAUGGUGGCACGGACAAUGCUGCGUACGAGUGGAUGAUGAGUUUCGGCUUGCCCACUGAAGCGGAGUACGGCCAGUACACUAACACGGAUGGUUUUUGUCACAUCGAAAACAUGACUACAACUUUCCCAAUUCGUGGCUUCACUGACGUAAGCCCGUACAGCAUCAAUGCUUUGAAAGUGGCCGUAAUUAACCACGGACCUUUAUCAGUGUCAGUCAAUGCUAAUGACGCCUUCUCCUUAUAUUCAUCUGGUAUCUUCUACGAUGCAUCGUGCAGUCCUUCGGUCCUCAACCACGAGGUGACCCUCGUCGGCUACGGUGAAGAGAACGGCCAGACCUUCUGGAUUCUGAAGAACUCCUGGGGCAGGAAGUGGGGAGUCGAUGGCUACAUGCAGAUCUCUGCUCUGGACAACACCUGUGGGGUCACAGCAGAACCCACUUAUGUAGUCAUAUAAAAUGUGAGCAAACUAAAUAAUAAUUAUAAAGGACGUGAUAAUUGGCUGUUAAAAAAAGGAAUCUCAUGAAUCUUGAGCAGAUAGGGAAAAGAAGCACACGGAUUUUGCGACCAAAAAUUGGAAUCGUUUAACACAUGAUUCGUUUUUCUAUAGUUGUGUUGGUCCAUAGAAGUAUGUGAAUAUAUUUGUAAUAGAAACAAUAUAAAAACAUUCUGCGCGUUUUUUUCAGCGCUUAAGAUCCGUGCCAGGAACUCUACUCUUAACUGUAAACUUUAAUAGUAUAGAAUACAUAUUAUUAUCUAAUGUUUGAGAUAGUUAAUUACAGUAACUCUGCAUGUCAAAACUUUUGAUAUGGUGAAGACUAAAGAUUAAUUGUCGUAAUUAUACCACUUGAGAUUGAUCGCCUUUCAGAGCAGUGUGACCGGCAUUUAUCAUGUCUUACGUAAUUAUUGUUAGUUCUAAAACGUUUAUAAAGAAAAAGACUUCAUGCUUAAAUUGUAUAUUUAGUUUUAAGAAUACUGUUUGCACGUGGAAAUAAAUAUAAGCAGAAUUUUCACAA